CGUUGUCUCUUCACUCUAACCUUGCUCUUUAAUUUCAAAUCCACUCCCCCCUCUCUCUCUCUUUUACACACAUACACACAUAGCUCCACCUUCAAUCUUUCUCCACCAUCGCAUCGAUCAUUUUUUUGUUUUGAAAACCCUAGGCUUGUUUGUUGCUUCAACUAAAGUUCAGAUCUUACUUUUUAUCUUCUUUGAUGGUGGAAACAAUCUGAGAUUUGACUAAUUGAAGAUUCACCGUUUCCAUUUUUGACAACAGAUAUUUGUCUGAUUUUGUUUGCUGAUAAUCCACAUGGGAGCAUUUUUCUGUUAAAUGAGGAAAUGGAGGUUGAUAAGAGAACUUCAAAGGGCGGCUUUCUUCAGCUAUUUGAUUGGAAUAUCAAAUCUCGGAAGAAGCUUUUCUCUAACAAGUCUGAACUACCUGAAAACUCUAAACAAGGAAAAGAAAAUGCCAAUGGAUCAGUCAAUUUAAGACUUCAGCAGGCUCAUGAUUAUGGUCCUGGUUCCAACUCCAAGCAGAACUAUGACUUCUAUAAUGCUUCAUCAGUAGCUGAGGAUGAAAGUUAUGGUCAAAAACCACCUGGAGUUGUUGCACGUCUUAUGGGUUUGGAUUCUUUGCCAACUUCAAAAGAGUCUGAUUCCUAUUUUAAUUCAUCCUCUGAUUGUCACUCGUUCAGAGAUUCUCCAUAUCUAAGUUUUAUAGCUGAUUUCCAGAAUGAACAUCAUAUGGUAGUCGAUGGUAACAUGCGAAAUAAAUUGGAUGGAAUUAAGAGAAACCCUGUUGAAAUAAGGCUGCAGAAGGUGCAGAGCCGGCCUAUCGAGAGGUUUCAAAGUGAGGUAUUGCCUCCAAAAUCAGCUAAACCUAUUCCAGUCACUCAACACAGAUUGUUAUCUCCUAUCAAGAGUCCUGGGUUCAUCCCUCCUAAGAAUGCAGCUUACAUAAUAGAGGCAGCUGCCAAAAUUUACGAGCAGAGUCCUCGACCUGUGGCCAGAGAGAAGGCGCAAUCUUCUGGGUCUUCCUCUGUCCCUUUGAGAAUACGGGACUUGAGCGAUAAAAUGGAGGCUGUUCAGAGACAGUCUAGGAUUUAUGAAGCAUCGCACAGGCCAAAAGAACAAAAUUUUGUAAAGAACGUUAGAAGGCAACCCUACGAAAAAGGCCAGGUUCAAUCAGAUAAUAUGCGUCAAUUGAGGGCUUCUGAGGUAUCAAGAAGAGAUGUCUCCCAAAGUAAGGGGAAGGAGAAGUCAGUUUCACUUGCAGUUCAGGCAAAGACCAAUGUUCAGAAACGAGAAGGGAAGGAAUCUACUUCUAGUAAGAACCCAUUGAACCAGAAAGAACAGAAUGAGUCUAAGUCUGGUCGGAGGCGGCCAAGUGUAAAAGUUGGGGAAAGAAAACAUUCACUCAACCGGCCUUCUGAUGUGCUCAGGCAGAACAACCAGAAGCAGAACUCUGCAUCUAAUAAAGACGGGGAGAGUUCGAAAACUUCAGCUCCCUACCACAAAGAGAAAAAAUCAUCAUCUACUGGUAACAUGUCUAGGUCAACCAAGACUGUAAGUAGAAUUGUUGUAAAUACCACAACUGCUAGCGGAACUGCAAGUAUUGUAGGAACUGAUGUUGGAAAGGACCUUUCAUCAUCUAGGGACUCCAGAGUGAGGUCCUUUACUGGAAAGAAACAGCUAGUCAAUGGAGAUUUUGGUUCUGAUGGAUAUGGUGCUGACAAUAUGAUGAAGAGUAAAGAUGAGAGGUCUAUAAAAUGUAAUUUAACUAUUGAAGGAUGUUCCAAUUGGGAUACAGCUGACAGGAAAAAUGGGAGUGAUGUAGUGUCAUUUACGUUCACCUCACCCAUCAAAAAAUCAAUGCCUGGCCCCACUUCGUCAAGUCCUGUUUUGGAAAAGAAUAAUGCUUUGUCUCUCUUUCCAGGUUCUUCUGAUGAUCGGACUGAUUCAAGAACAUCAAAGAUAUCUUCUUUAGGUUUGGAUCCCAUUGGUGUUGAUUUGGGUAUUCUCUUAGAACAAAAGAUUAAAGAAUUAACUUCUAAAGUUGGACCAUCUUGUGAAGAUCUCAUCAAAACAGGGGCUGCUUCUAGUUCUGCCAAUACUUCUGAAGAUAGUGUGUCCAUUGUUGCACAUAGGAGGAAACUUCAAGUUGAUUUGCUUCAUGAAAAAGCAGGUGACCGCGGUCACUCUUCUGUUGAUGACCUCCAGUUUACUGCAACUCUGAUGUGGCAGGGCUCAAAAAAGGUAGAAAAUCCUAAAACUGCCGGCAGCUUUACUUGUGAAAGAGAAUUUAGUCUCCUUUGUUCUAGUCUGGCCUCAAGUUUGGAACCUUCUAUCUCAGGAGGCAGUUGCAACUCCUUGGAUAGCUACAGAAGUUUAACGACUGAAGGGAACAAGUACCAUCUGUCUGAUGUAUCUCAGGAAAUGAUGAAUUGGAAAACCUACAUGAUGACUCAUUUGGUAGAAGGUGAUGCAGAGUUAUUGGACUCAGCCUCUUCAGUUUCUCUUGCUGGUGCAGGUGAAAAGGAUUUAACUACAUCGACUUCCACAAAUUUCAGUGAAUCCCCUUACUGGGAGUUUACAUAUAUUAGAGAUGUAAUCAGAAGUUCAGAGUUGGUGUUAGAAGAUUUUGUGCUGGGUGAGGUUCAGAGUAUUAUUGCUCUCGAUCUUUUUGACCAGUUGGAGGAUCAGAAUACUCGAACUAAUAAAAAUGCUGAAGACCAGCUGAAGAUUAGGAGAAGAGUGUUGUUUGAUUCGGUGGUUGAAUGUUUGGAAUUCAAAUGUAAACAAAGUUUUUCUGGAAGUUUUGAAUCUUGGGCAAAGUGGACAGCGUUGGUCCAAAGGAAGGAGUGGUUGGCAGAAGAAGUAUAUAGAGAGAUUGCUGGCUGGACAAGCAUGGAAGAAUUGAUGGUGGAUGAAGUUGUUGACAAGGACAUGAGCACACAACUCGGGAAAUGGACCGAUUUUAGCUUUGAAGCCUUCGAAGAGGGUGUUGACAUUGAGAAGGGGAUCCUUUCAUCUUUGAUGGAUGAAUUGAUCCAUGAUCUAAUGUGAAUGAAUCCUCUUCUGGGUUUAAUUGACAUGAAGUUUUAUACUUUAGCUUUGCUACUUUACAGCUUCCUUGUGCAUGUUCUUUUCUUAUUUUCUUUUCCCCAUGAAAGGUGGAAAUCUUAAUUUAAGCAAGAGAUCAGUCGCACAAGUGAUUGUUCAUAUUUAUGCUCUUAGAUAGUAUCAUGGUUUCCAUGAUAGGAGGGUGCAUUAUCCUUCGAAUGCAAAUGUGCGAUGAGAAGCUUUUCUGCCUAAGUUUUUGCUGAUUUUGAGUGUGAUAUUGAUAGGUGAUCCCAAAAUUAGUAGAGCAUGUUGUGGGUUUGAGCUCAAACUCAGCUCUUAUGGCCUCUCUUUUACUCUAUAAAUGCACUACUGCUAGAAUUUUUGGAGCACAAACAUUUCUAUAUCAAUGGAUGAUUUAAACUGAA